AAAAUGGGCUCAUGAUGAAGUGAUAAGAAAGUUCAACUUUAUGAAACAAGGUUUGAUGUUGACAAGAAAACUUCUUCCAAUAUUGUCAAAAAGGGAGAGGUUAGUCAAUUCUCUCAAAAAUUUCAAGAACCAGAAGUAGAGGGUUAUAUUCACCAACAUGAGAGGCAGCAAGAAUACUUAUUUUUCAAGAGUAUUGCUAGAAAAGAACCUUCUGAGUUCCCUUGACAAGUUGUUGAAUCAAAUAUUCCAACUAGAGAGAACGCUAAGACAAAACCUCGAAAUAUGAAGAAACAGGAUGAAGAUGUUUCAACCAGAGUUGAUACAAAGGAGAAGAAAGAAUAUCAGGAAUCUGAACCAAUUAUUGAAGAAUUUGAUCUUUCUAAUUCUAACGAAGAGUCUAUACAACCUGUUCAUGGGCAAAAUAAUGUAAAACAACAUAAGCUUAAAGGAGACAAAGUGGGAGAAAAGGUAGAAGUUAAGAGAAAAAACAAGAAAUCUCAAUUCAAAUCAAGAAAUGGCAGUAAAGAACAAUUUGGGAUAAAACCAAAAUCAAGAAACAAUAUGAUUUCAAGACAUCAAACAGAUCCAGGAAGCGAUGAUAUUUUUAAAGCCAGGCAGAAAGGUCAGUUUGAUUCUAGAAUGCUUUCUCCAUUCAGAAUGAAUAACACAUCUAUCCAGGACACCUCUCCUACCCCAAUCAGAACAAACAACGACCAAUAUUGCCUUCCUUCAAAAGUAACGUUUAUCCCAUAUUAACUUAAUUCAACUCAAAAUUUCAAAAUU